CAGUUUUCCUAUGACCGUCGUGCAGGAAUCAAGCGGUUUUCUCCGGUCAAAUCGUUUACAAAUAAAAUUAACAAAUUUUUUUAUCCACCGCAGUUCAUCAUGAUGGAAUUUCGAACGUUUGUUAUGAUACUCAUGUGUGUCUCUGCCUUUGCCGAACCCACGCCCACCAAAUCACCAUCUCAAACGAAUAAUUCAGUUAUUCUGGAGGAUGAACCACCAGAAGGAUAUUAUGCCUUCAUAGAAUCCCCCAAUGCUGAGCCACCGAAGGUCCGACCUCCACCUUAUAUUGACAGUGAUAAGGAGUGUCAUGAUACUGGAAAACAAGGCAAGGGUUACGUAUCUGUUCACAAUGUGUGUGGUGACCUGAAUAAGGGCUACAUCCCCAAAAAUCCAAUGAAGCACAAGAUCGCUGGAACUUCCUAUCCAUUUGAACUCAUAAAAAAUCACACGUUGAAAUUCCUGAGCAAGGCAUUACCUAUCCUCAAGGCUGACGAUUCGUUACCAAAAGUCGCGAAGAUCCAGCCAUUCUCCCAAAAUUCAGUGCAUACCGAUGAAAAAAGGAGUAGAAGUAAACGAGCAGUGGAAGGUGAUGAGAAUUCAGCAGAGGUUGACAGGAGUGGGCGAAAAUAUUGCGAGGAUGGGGGUGGAGUACUCUGCAUGUUGUACAAAGCAAUUCAGGGUGAGCCCCUGGCAUCUUCAGCAGCAGAACGCAGGGACGAACCAGCGCCUCCAGAAUAUCGCCAAAGACCUCUUGUCUCCGAGAAGCCAGAGUACUCUGGACCACCCACCCCUUGUCCUGCCAAAGUUGAAUAUGCAACACCAGUUUUCGCUAAAAAUUAUCAGGGCACCUGGAGAUACGUGGUGCAGAUACCCUACGAGGGGUAUUUCACCCAGACAAUCGAGCUCACCAGGUGCAUGCAGGCAAAGUGUCAUUAUCUGGAUGGGGGAUGUCUGUCAUCCCCCAGAUGGACUAGUCUCCUGGUAGCAGAGAUAUUCUACCCAGACACAUUCAUCGAGGAAAAUCCUGGUGGACGACUCCCAGGGCUCAGGGAACCUGUCGCAGGCUCACCACCUCCUGUGCAGGAUUAUCAGAAUUUUCAGAUGUACCUCCAGAAGAGGGCGGGUGAAAAUGAAGGCCGCAGUGCUAAUCAGCAUCAUUGUGAUGGUGUUGACGAGACAGGAUGUUUUCAGGUUCGAUUGUACUACGAUUGGUUCCUCGUGCCGGGAAGCUGCAAAUGUUGGAGGCCUGAUUAUUUCAAUCGUUACGUUCGCCGCACAAGCAGCAGUCCAGAAUUAUAAAGACUUAUCUUAUCCCAAAUAAAUUAUUGAACGGGCAGAUUGACCAGACCACGAAUCCAGGGAUCUUCUAAGAAUAUCCAGGACUUUAACUAUUUUUCCUCCAGUCAAAUCCGCGAAAUUUAUUUCACAGGAAAAUUAUUCGUAUGAUUUUUUAAUCUGUUUUAUUGCACUCAUUCGCGCAAUAUGAAUUUAAAAAUUUGAGAGUUGAGUAGUAUACCUGGAUAUUCUUAAUAAUUUCUAAUGAAUCUCAUUGAGAAGUUACAUUUAUCGUGGCAAUGGUCUUAAUUAUUGAUAUUAUUAUUAGAAAAAUGACUGACGGUAACAAGGGAUUUCAGUAGAUAAUUGUAAAUGGAUAAUAACUAGAUUCUCUGGUAAAACUAGAAUUUAUUACUCGUGGUAAUGCUCAGCCUCUUGUUCACAGCUUUUUACACCGAACACCAAUGAAUGUUCUUGUAAUUAGUUUAGGGUAAUACCUGUCGUAUCUAAUUAAUUGGCAGAUACUUUUCCUUUUUAAUGCUUGAUAUUUAAAGAAAAAACAUAAUAUAUUGCAGGAUUUAAUUCGAAUGAUGCAACACUCAUCAUAUAAAAUUUAUUAAAAAUCCCAGUUUUCUCUACGAACAAGGAUUUUCCAUUUCUGGC